GUCAUUCCAAGGGCUCUGUGCCGGCCGUGCGCCGGAGCGAGUCCGCAGCGCCAGGAGAGGGUGCUCCGGGUUCCGCCGAGAACGCUCCUUUGCAGGUGGAUGGUACCCGAGCCGACUCGAAGCAGAGGGCCGGCUCGAAAACCAGGGCCGGCUCGAAGCAGAGAGCGGGCUCGAAGCAGAGUGCUGACUCCGCAACAAGAGCUACAGAGGCUGUCAGCACUGUCAGCAGCGGCGAGUCGACUCAGCGAGACACCCAGGCAGUCUCUGAAGGGACGGGCCCUGCACAAAAUACUGCGCGCACAGACCAAGAGGGCAAGGCAUUUGCGCAGGCUGAGCAUGGCGGCCCAGGCCCGGUGCUGCGCGAGGUCACGGAAGCACCGGAGGCGGACGAGCUGCUAGAGGCCCCCGGACGGCACCACUCGGAUCCAGUGGAGGACGCGGUGCGAAGCACCGCCGAAGAGGUCGAGGAGCAACCCGCUCGCAGCGAAAGCCUCGAGAGCUCGGGCUCUCGCGGCGACGGAGAAGACCAUACUCGACCUCAAGACCACCCUCAGAUUUCCAGGGAGGAACAGAUGCCGCCCUCCGAGGGCAUCUCGCUGGAGCUGCCCAGGAUCUUGUCGGGCGAGAAGAGCUAUGACGAGGUGGAGUUGGGCGAUCACGACUUCCACGCCAUCGCGCUUCAUGAGGAGUUGCACCAAGACCUGAAGCACUUGGAGCUCGAGGGCAUCCAGGCCCUUGGUUACAUCUUCAUCGCGAAGUUCGGCUCCUUGAAGCUUGCCUUCAAGUGGUUCGAUACCAACAAGCAGGGCCGGUUCGGCCAAGUGGCCUGGGACAACGGCCUCAAGCUGCUGCGCACCGACGUGGAGCGCCUCACCGGCUUCAAUGAGGCCCAGAUCUUCCAUAUGAUGGACCAGGAGCCCACUGGUGGCUCAGUGUCAUUGAAGAAGUGGAAUCGCUUCUUUGCGGCCGUUGAGGAGGGUGCUUUGGCAACGCAUUUGCUUCGCACGGCAAAAGAGAAGGGCAGCAUCACCGAGCGUGCACUGGACAAGUCGGCCGAAUUGAAGAAGACGCACAAGGAGCACCGGAAGGAUGGCACGCCUCGACGGGAGCACUCGGGCAAGCCCGGACGGAAGAACAGCAUCCGUGGCUUGCGGAAGGAUGCAUCGCAGCAGUCCAUCACUCGUGGAGGAAGCCGGCGGCCGAAAAAGGUCGCCAGCCGCGCAUCGGCGAGCAGCGUGCAGCUUUCAACGGACGGCAGUAUCCACCUGAGUCCUGAGCAGGAAGCAGCGCAAGAAGAACAGCGGUUGAAGCAGGAGGACGCCUUUCGUCA